CUUAACAAAAUGGUUUUCCUGAUUGCUGCUCUCUUUGCCCUGGUUAUGGGAACCGUUGCUGACAAUGGUCCUAGAUACAGUCCUCCUGCCCCCUCCUACAGCGCCCCUGCACCUGCUCCUUUGGGACCUGCGCAGUACGAUUUCAACUAUGCUGUGCAAGAUAACAUCGGAAACGACUUCGGUCACCAAGAAAGCCGAAAUGGAUAUGACACUCAGGGUACCUACUACGUCCAGCUCCCCGACGGUCGCCUCCAAACAGUCACCUACAAUGUAAACGGCGACUCCGGUUUCGUGGCUGACGUGGCAUACCAAGGAGAGGCACAGUAUCCUGCCCAGUCUUACCAACCUGCUCCAGCUCCUUCAUAUGGCUAAUGUUACUCGCCAGCGUGUUGUUUAAUAAAUUACAUAUGUAAUUUUAGAUAAAUAUAUAAGUGAUGUUGACACACAUGCGUUUGAAAUAUAGUCAGCUCAUAAUGGAAAACUGAAAUUAGAUUUGAUUUGAAUGUAAACACACAUACACAGAAUGUUUGCAACACGGCAAAGGAAAUACGAGCAAUAAAGGCAGAGACAUAGCUGUUACCUGGCGAUGGCCAUUUUUUGUCAUCUUUAAUCAAAAUAUUUUCACUGUUAUCAUCACUGA